UGCCAGCAGUUCAGAUUGAAGGGAGAGAGAGAAAUAAAUGAACUUCGGAAGGGAGAAAGAAAGGGACACGAGGACUCUCGUCUUGGUAUGAUCCGCCUCAGAGACAAAAUUUCAUGAGCCUAUGAGUUUGCAGGCUCUUUCGUGAAUUGUUGUGAUCCAGGGAUAUUCUUUCUUUUCUCUUUCCCUUCUCUCUUCUCUCAUCUGCAUUGUCACCUAAACUGCCGAUCCAGGGAGGAUUAUAAUUUGAGAUACCCAGAAAGGAAUUCGAAUCUGUCAGAGGACCUCUCGAUUGAAAUUUGGAUUGGAGUAUGGAUUUUCUCAGGAGAUAAGACCAAUUUUGAUAUUAGAGGUGGCUGCCAUGCAUGGGAAUAGAAAUCUAGACGUGGGGUCUUCUCCACCUGGCAGUAUGUCUUCCAAUUUGAAGCCGAGGAGACUCUACCAAGUCUGGAGGGGUAAUAAUAAAUUUUUCUGUGGUGGGAGACUGGUCUUCGGUCCCGACGCAGGGUCUAUAUUUCUCACCAUUUUCUUAAUUGUUGGGCCUGUAAUUGCAUUUUGUGUGAAGAUAUAUCUUAAAAGCAGAAGUCUAGAGACCGCUGAUGUUCGUUUCUGGUAUUCUAUAAUGAUUGUUGGCUCUCUUCUCGCUGUUUUGGACUUAACAUUCCUCUUAUUGACUUCUGGGAGAGAUCCUGGAAUUGUCCCUAGGAAUUCCAGGCCUCCUGAGAUGGAUGAAGAAUUUGAUAUGCAUAGUACUUCCAUGGAGUGGAUUAAUGGUUCAACCCCUCGUCUGAAACUGCCUCGAACUAAAGAUGUAAUUGUUAAUGGUCAUAAAGUAAAAGUGAAGUUCUGUGAUACAUGUUUGCUUUAUCGCCCUCCUCGGUCGUCUCAUUGUUCCAUCUGCAACAAUUGUGUCGAGAGAUUUGAUCACCACUGUCCUUGGGUCGGCCAGUGUAUUGGAAUUCGAAACUAUAGGUUCUUCGUCAUGUUUAUUUCAACAUCGACCAUCUUGUGCAUAUACGUCUUCGUGUUUUCUUGUAUCAAUCUGGCCCAGGGUGACAUUUCAUUUGGGAAGAGGAUAGCAAGUGAUUAUGUAUCAGAUUUUCUUGUAGUAUACUGCUUUAUAGCUGUCUGGUUUGUUGGAGGCCUUACAAUCUUCCAUUUCCAUCUCAUAUGCACAAACCAGACAACUUAUGAGAACUUCCGAUAUCGGUAUGAUAAGAGGGGGAAUCCAUACCAUAUGGGAAUGCUGGGAAAUAUUAACGAAACAUUUUGCUCCACUAUUCCCGCUUCAAGGAAUAAUUUUCGAUCUUUUGUGCUGGAUUAUCGUCCUGAGAGGGUUGAGUCUGUGACCACAAAUUUUGGAGGCAGGGGAUUUCUGACACCACAUGAGAAAAGUGACCUUGAAAUGGGAUCUAUGCGUGCAGAGGACAUUAAUAUGCCAAUUCCUGAAAUUUUGAGAAAUUUUGAUUAUGAUCAUUUCGGCAUGAGAUUACCAGAUGAAGGGCAGUCUUCUUAUGAUCCGUUUUUCAGUGCUGAGCUAGAUAUUAUGAAAGAUUCAGCUCGAACUUCUGCUGCGACAGUGCUAAAUUUCCAUAGCAUCAAUGCUGAAGAUGAAAUGGAAGAGCCACAAAGCUCCCAAGCUGGAGAUGGAGUCAGAGAAUCAGCCCAAAGGCCCAUCGAUGUCAACAGAACAACUGCGACCAAG